UACUACUCACUCUCUCUCUCUCUCUCUCAAGCCGAAGGAGGCAGAAAAGGCGAAGAGGCAGAAAAAACAGACGACAAGAGAGAAGUAGAGCGGAGGCAGGAGAGAGAAAUUCGCGCCCGGAAAAAGCAAAGAAUGACAACUCGGGCCAACGGCGACCUCCGCGCACGCCCUCCGCCGCCCUCGCACGACCGCCACCAGUACUACUAUUCCUCCUCCUCCUCCUCUUCGGCUUCGCUCAAGGGCUGUUGCUGCUGCCUCUUCCUGCUCUUCUCUUUUCUAGCCCUCCUCGUCCUCGCCGUCGUCCUGGUCAUCGUCCUCGCCCUCAAGCCCAAGAAGCCCCAGUUCGACCUCCAGCAGGUCGGCGUCCAGUACAUGGGCAUCUCCCCCUCCGACCCCGCCACGGCAGCCGCGGCCGCCGCGGCCGCCAACGCCGGCUCCAGCCCGACGAGCGCGUCGCUGUCCCUGACCAUAAGGAUGCUCUUCCUGGCGGUGAAUCCCAACAAGGUGGGGAUCAGGUACGGCGAGUCGAGUUUCACGGUGAUGUACAAGGGGAUUCCGCUGGGGAAGGCCUCCGUGCCGGGGUUCUACCAGGAGGCGCACAGCGAGCGGCAGGUGGUGGCCACCAUCGCCGUCGAUCGGUUCAAUCUGUUGCAGGCCGAUGCGUCCGACUUGAUAAGGGACGCGUCGCUGAAUGACCGGGUGGAGCUCCGGGUGCUUGGGGAUGUCGGGGCCAAGAUCCGGGUCCUAAACAUCGACUCUCCUGGCGUUCAGGUAUCGGUGAAUUGUGCAGUAGUGAUCAGUCCAAGCAAGCAGUCCCUCACUUACAAGCAGUGCGGAUUCGAUGGAUUGCGCGUGUAAAGAUUCAAGAUCAACACUCCCAUCCCACCAACCCCCCACCCCUUUUUUCUUUUUUGGCUUUUGGGUUAACUUUGGCUCUCCUCAAAUCAAAUUGGAGACGGAGAGACAGAUAAAGGCAAGGGAAAAAAAAAGUAGUAAGGAAGAAAGAGGUGGGAACACAGCAGGAAGCUGCCAAUCCUCCCACUCCCACAUGGAGUUUGUCGAAAGCAAAGGGGGUUUGAGAUGCUGGCUGGGUGAAAAUUCCGGAGCUGUAAUUGACACUAUACAAUUCUUUCCCCCGACCCCACCAAACCGAAAGUUUUUCUUCCAUUUAUUAACUCUUUUCUUUCUUUGCAAUUCUUUUAGUUUUGUUUUGAUUCAAAACACCGGUUCCUUCGCUUCGACGGAACAUACAUAUCGACCUCACUGUAAAGUGGAGGCUGAGCUGAAGCUUUGUCUACUCCAAUUUCAGAUGAUGCUUUCAGUCUACUCUC